GGAGAACCCACGGCGGUAGUUUGGAGAGUCACAACGGGAACAACUGCUCACCAACUCCAAACACACGCGAAUAGGGAAAUGAUCGGUCUUACCACGCAGUCGCUUUUAUUUUUUUAUUUUUUUUAAAUUUCAUUUUAUUUUUUGCUUAUUCUACAACUAGAACUUUCGGCAAGAUGCUCUGCAGGUUAAUGUAAACCAACUACGCUUUUGCAAGAAUGUGAGUUUAAAAAUGACUCGCUCACGGGAUAAAAGCAUCCGCUUCUGAGCUGGAAAAGAAAAUUAGUUUCCAUAGUCGGGAUGGAACCGGAGGACUGUAAAAUCUCCGUAUGGGUUUGCCGGGAAGAGAAGCUCGUCUCGGGCCUGUCGAGGCGCACCACUUGUGCGGACGUCGUGAAGGUCCUGCUCGAGGAGUCCUUCCAGCAAGGAGCAGGUGCGCCCACCUUCACGGGCUCUCCACGGUCAUACUGCAUCGUGGAGAAAUGGAGGGGUUUCGAGCGGAGCUUACCCAACAAAACCAAAAUACUCCGUCUUUGGAGCGCCUGGGGUCACGAACAGGAAAACGUGCGCUUCGUUUUGGUGAAGAACGAGGCGUCCUUACCGAACAACGGACCGCGGAGCGCAGAGGCGCGAGUCGUCCCGAGCAAGGAGAGCCAGGGCGAGCAAAGAGGUGCCGCCAGGUCCGCCGUGGGACUCUCGCAGGAGAAACAGCGGCGCAUUGUGAGGAAAGCUUUCAGAAAGUUGGAGAAAAUUAACAGGAAGAAAGAAGAGCCCGUGUCCGGGGAUAAAUCCGCCGCGGGGAAAAUGGAAACCCUCGUGCAUCUCGUCGUUUCGCAAGACCACACUAUCCGCCAGCAGGUCCAGCGGGUCAAAGAGCUGGACGGUGAGAUCGAGCGGUACGAAUCGAAGGUCCACUUCGACAGAAUGAAACGACACGGCGUCAAUUACGUGCAGGACACCUACUUGGUAGACCACGGCUCGGAUACAGAUGCGGCCGCGGAGCAGGAUGCGUCCUGCCCGGGGGAGGCGCUGGCGAAGUUUGAGGAGUACGCUGCGAUGUGCGACGAGUUUAUCAAACUUCAGGAGGAACUCGCCGAGCGCGAGGCUCUGCUGGAAAGCCUCACGAGCGAGAUUCAAGAGGAGCUCAACCACAGGUGGAUGAGGCGGCGGCGAGAGACGAUGUCGGACACGGAAUGCGCGGCGGAAGAAGAGAUGGCGAUCACGGUAGCGUCCGUGUCAGCAGAGAUCGACGCUCCCGCACCUCGGCUAGAAGAUGAGCUGCAGCUAGACGAGGAGCGAAUUAAAACGCAGCUGGACACGAGUCUGUACAUCGGGCUUCGCUUAAACACGGACUUGGAGGCCGUGAAAGGCGACCUGGACACGAGCCUGGAGCUUUGGGAGGCCAAAGAGCGAGAGCUGAGCGAGUUGCUUGAGAAACUGAAUUCUCUGAGCGAAUACGCUGGCGGGGACGGCCGGGGAGACGCCGAGUGUCCCGGCACCGCGCAGCCCGUGGAGAAGGACAGCGGGUGGGUGGAGCAGGCGCGGGGGCUUUCAAAAAGCAGCAGCGCCAACGACGACGACUCGGAUACGGGACUGAGCUCCAUGCACAGCCAAGACUCCGACAGCGCACCCGUCUGCGAGUCGCUCGUGUGAGCAAAGGCGGACGAGCCGAGCAGCGGUCGAACUCAGGGAGUAUUGUGCCUCACAGUAGAAGAAUCGAUCCAUUCUCUCUUCAAGGAGAGAGUAUCGUGUGAAAUAUAUGUAUUGUUAAAUUGUUAACGUGGAGUCCCUUCAGUUAGGCCACUGGAAAUGCAACUAAUCUGCUAUUUACGACGUAGUUACAAAUUAACCAACGUGUAUAAGACCAUGUGAAGUGUUGCUAGACCCAAGUUGUAAUAGGCCUGUAAAUAUGGUGUGUGUAUAGGCUGCAGAGACCUUUGCGAAUCACGCUGUGUUACUCUAUAAGCGAAUUGGGUUUAUUUAUUGUAAAGAAUAACAGUGACUUUCACAAUUGUGUCAUCUUGCCAUGCGGAAUUAAAAUGACAUUCAUGAAACUA